AUCUUGCAGCACAAUGGUGUCACUGCAGACCAACAUGCAAAUCCACGACGAGCUUGCGGCGCUCUUCUCACGGAACAUGACGUUCAAUCCGGAGGCGGUUCCUAAGGAGAUGCCCCAGGAAAUGGCCAUCACUGAGCAGGCCAACCAGCCGAUCAUCUACUCUAUAUCACAGCACUACAACCACUCUGCGCACAUUGCCAAGCCGCAACUACAGGCUCAGGACGCUCACAGGCGGUCGUCAGAACCCCCGCAAAGCGAAGUCGUCUCAUCAGAGACGAUACUGCGAACACACGGCGUUGACCCUGCUGCACUGACGCCCUCGCAACUACAACUUUUCCGCAUAGCGGAUGCUGGUCAGAAGAGACGCCUGGUCGAGCUAUGGAGCAUCUGCCCUCCGAAUAGCGGUGGAAAUGCCUCAGCUCUUGCCUGGAACAGCACCACGAUGGAGCAGGAGGAGCAUCUGGCUCAACUCCGUUACGAGCAACAGCAGCACAACCAUGCCAUGAGCCUAGAUGGCACGACGGUGCAGACAUCAAACGGCACGUGGGUUCAUCAAGCAAGCCAGGAAAGCGAGCCCUACAUGAUGUCUGGAUAUGAGGAGAUUAUGCGACGAGAGCGAGAGCGCGAGGAGGCCAACUCUCGCCCAAAGGAUGCAUAUAGCACCUUUGGCACCUCUAUUGGCGGUCCAAGCUACACACCCGCCACAGACCCCGUCUACCUUGGCGCAGACUAUGCCCGACACCAACUGCAGAUGGCGUUGGCUGAGCAAUACGGCGCGUUUGAACAGCACCGAAGUCAGGCGGUGGACGUUAUGGAUAUGUAAUUAUAGCCAAUGCAACAUGACAA